CAGAAGCGCUCCUCACCCCGUUAUCCACGCUUAUAUCCGCCCUCCCGAGCCCCUCGUCCUUCACUCCUCUCGCAUUCCUCUCGGGACUUUUAUCGAACACUUUGCCUUCGUCUCUUUUCUCCCUUUGUUCUCCGCGAAGCCCCGGUUCUCUUCUCGACUUCAUGGCGAAGUUCGGCGAGGCUGACAAGCGGUGGAUCGUAGAGGACCGGACGGACGGCACCAACGUCCACAACUGGCACUGGGCGGAGCGGGACUGCCUCGAAUGGUCGCGCUCCCUUCUCUCCUCCCUCCUCUCCAAUCUCACCAUCCUCGACGGAGAGGGCGGCCUUGCCAUCCGUACCAAGACCCUGGACCGCGUCGACGGCGAAGCCUACGUCAACGUCCGCAAGGGCAAGGUCAUCCCCGGCUAUGAGCUUUCCCUCUCCCUCUCCUGGGAGGGCGAGGCCCGCGACCCCGCCGGCGGCCCUCCGCUCCUUAAGGUCUCCGGCUCCCUCGAGGUCCCCUACCUCGCCGACGAGAACGCUGACGAGGACCCCGAGGUCAAGAUUACCAUCCGCGACGACGACGGCCCUGUCGGCGCGCGGAUCAAGGACGCCUUUAUCGCCAAGGGCAAGUCGCUGGUGCUCGAGAAGAUCCGCGCUUACGUUCAGGCCAUGGCGAAGGGCGGGCCGGUCAAGGACGAGCUCGAGGUGAAGAAGGCGCCGUCGGCCGCCGGGAAGGCCGCGUCUCCGGCGCCGGCGGCGGGAGGAAAGGCUGCGCCGGCGGUCCCUGCGUCAGGGAAUGCAGCGGCGGCGAAGGCGAAGAAGGAGAAGGUGAAAGAGGGCUUCAAGACGAUAACUUUGACAGAGAAGUUCAAUUGCAGGGCGAGGGAUCUGUAUGAGAUCUUGAUGGACGAGAACCGGUGGAAGGGGUUCACUCAGAGCAAUGCGAGGAUCAGCAAGGAGGUUGGAGGUCAGUUCAGUCUCUUCGAUGGGUCGAUCACCGGAAUGAAUGAGGAAUUGCAGGAAGGAAAGCUUAUUGUUCAGAAGUGGAGAUUUGGGAGCUGGCCCGAAGGGAUCCAUUCAACGGUGCGGCUGAUACUUGAUGAGCCGGAGCCAGGAGUCACAAUCGCAAAACUGACGCAGACUGACGUGCCAGAGGAAGAUAAGUACGGUAAUGCUACAGUGGUGGAGAACACGGAGAGGGGAUGGAGAGAGCUCAUCUUUCACAAGAUACGAGCAAUCUUUGGUUUUGGAAUCUGAUCAUUCUGGCAUGACUCUUGUUUUCCUUUUCAACGGGUCGAGCAUCAUCACUAUCUUUAUAUGCCGUAUAAUUUUGAUUGUAGGAAAUGCAUGAACUUCUAAACAUAGCAUAAUCAUUGUUUAGCUUGCAAAUGCUGCUGGAAACUUCAAGAUUUUGUUUGGUUGGUUCGUCAUAAUGUCCAUGUAACAGUAACUUGAUAAACAAAUUCAACGCUUUAAAAGGGUAUCACUUUUCUUCCAUUUUCGAUUUAAUUUAUGGGGAGUCAUAAUUAUUAAUUUCCAAAAGGUAAGAAAGAAUGGUAGUUGGUUGUUUCA